UAGAGUAUUCUCCAGAUUAACAUAUUUUGAAACAUAAAACUUAACAGCUAUUUUUCUUUGAUGAAAAUAGAAAUAGUUUCUACUUUUUGCUCUAAUAAUUUUUGUUUCGGCUUAAGUUACUAAAAUUUAGGUGUAAGCUUUAAAAUUAAACGUGAAUUCUAUCUGUCAAGUUACUUCCACUUACCACAGGUUGCAGAAGAUAAAUACGUCAUGGUCAUGGAUACUCCAAGUCCUCAGUGUGUUGGUCGUGAAUUUGUCAGACAGUACUACACUGUUAUGAACAAAGCUCCCUUGUAUCUUCAUAGGUUUUAUAAUUAUAACUCUUCAUUUGUUCAUGGAGCAUUGGAUUGUCCUGGACAAGAAUCAAAGCCUGUAGUGGGACAGCAGGCCAUUCAUCAGAAAAUUAUGCAGCUGAAUUUCCGAGACUGUCGUGCAAAAAUUCUUCAAGUGGACAGCCAUGAGACAUUAGGGAAUGGAGUAGUUGUACAGGUUGCAGGAGGAUUGUCAAACAAUAGCCAAGGAAUGAGACCAUUUGUCCAAACAUUUGUGUUAGCUCCCCAGUCCCCCAAGAAGUACUAUGUAAGAAAUGAUAUCUUUCGUUAUCAAGAUGACAUUUAUGAUGAUGAAGAAGUAACAGACAACCAGGAAGAGACCAUUGACAGAGAGAUUGAAGAGACAGUCACAGAUAUACCAGACAGUCCACCAGUGAAAGUUGGUGACCCUGCUGCAGGGGAUUAUUUUGGACCUGAAGUAAUCAGUCCUCCAAAUGGCAAUAGUCAUGAGAUGGAAACCUGUCCACCAGAAGAACCUAUUUCUCCUGCUGUAUCUCCAGAAGCACAAUGUCCAGCAGAGGCUGAAAUUGAACAAGAAAUUGAGCCUGAACCAGAGCCCCAGAAAUCUGAAUGGGAUUUGCCUGAUGAGCAAUUUACAUCGGAGGGGCAAAGUCCUGCUGAUGAACCAGAGCCUGAUGAUGCUACUGGUUCUUUACAGCCAGAACCUAAGACCUAUGCCAACAUGGUAAGUAAACAUGCAGUUGGUGUAGGGGGAUUUCUCCCCACUGUAACAGCACUUGGGUCUGUGGACAAUGCAGUAGAGCCUCAGCCUAAACCAGAGCCUGCUGUGUUUACCAAGGUUCAACCAACAGGUUUGAUAUCUACUCCAAAUUCUUCCUUGGUGACUGGUGGAGCUUCAAACUUGGGUGCAGGUACAUCUCAAACCCAGAGAAUGCCUCGUCCUCCCAGAAGCUCUUUUCAAGGAACGAAUCGUGCAGAUGUUCGAGAGGCUACUCCCAGCUCUGUGACGGGAAGAAUAGGUGGGACACCUGAUUCAGAAGGAAGAAAAAUGGGUAUUUUACCUUACCCAGAUUCACAGCAGCUUUUUGUGGGGAAUUUGCCCCACUCUAUCAGUGAGGAAGAACUGAAGGAAUUCUUCAGUCAAUAUGGCAGAGUUUUGGAAAUGCGCAUCAACACAAAGCCUCCCAUGAAGAUGAACAGUGGUACUAAAGUACCAAACUUUGGUUUCAUUGUAAUGGAUGAUCCUGCAGAUGUGUCCAAUAUUUUACAGAAGAAGCCUAUAUACUUCAAUCACCACCGACUGAAUGUGGAAGAGAAGAAGGCAAAGCCUAGAGAACAACGUUCAGGGGGUGGAGGGGAUGGUAGAUUAGGUGGAGGGAAUAGGGGCAUGAUGGGUCGUGGAGGAAUGGGAGGUCGAUUUGGAGGAAGAGGAAUGGUUAGUAUGGGACGUGGAGACAGAGGUGGUGGACGAGGAAAUUAUGUUCCACGACGUUAAUAUAUCCACUUGGCUGUGGUAUGUGAAAAAGAUGAUGUUGCUGUAAGCCUAAAUUCUUCUACAGUGUCUGUCAAGAUAUGACUAUAACAGUGUGUGUUGAUCAUCUGUGGUGUUAUAGCACCCUAUUUAUUGUAAAGCUAGGAAAACUUGUGUACAAACCAUGGGGACUACUCAGUUUGAUUUUUGUUUGAAUGUGUCCUCAACUCUUCAGUCAAAACAGUUUUUAUAUUACAGAAUAUCUUAUAGAGGUAACACUACCACAAUUGGCGUUCCCUUCUGUUCAUACCUUGAUUCUGUAGUGACUUUUCCAUCAUCAGAUUUUACGGAACUGUCCUGUUCUAGUAAAAAAAAAUUAUAAUUUUGUUCAGAGUGAAGUACUAUCUCAGCAUAUUAUUGCUUGUAACCAGGGUAAACUGAUCUCAUAAUUAUUUUUCUCUCCAUAUGUGGGUGCAAAAAAACUUGUCAUUAGUCAUCAGGUCAGUUUACCAGUUGCCAGUGUAAAUAAUCAGUUGAUCAUCAUCAGUUUUAUAUAUCUUACAGAUGUAAUUUAAUGAAAUAUUAAAAUACCUGCUAUGACAAA